ACGCAACUCCUUCCUCGCAACUCAGUCCAAACAAAUCAGCUUAGGUAUUAUUUUUUUCUGAGCAGGCCUUGAUUUCAUUGAGAGAGACUCUUGGUGCUUUUUGGCGAUAGCUCUUAGUUGAACAAUUCAACCUCUGCCAUGACGCGGUGGCAACUGGUCUGUUCCUACUACUAGGUUGAAUCUCCAACAAAACAACAUGUCGGUUCGGAAGAAAUGAGGGAUUAAGGCAUGUCGGAUAUAGAUCAAAACUCAGGUCACUCUGCGCAUGAUGCAAGUAUUCGUGCACUUCCACGCGAUGUUGUUUCAAAGAUCAAGUCUUCGGCGUCCAUCACGCAUUUGAAUGAUGCGAUUUUGGGAUUGAUCAAGAACGCUUUGGACGCUAAUGCGCAUACGAUCACCGUCACCGUUGAUUUUCAGCGCGGAGGCUGUGUGGUAGAAGAUGACGGUGAUGGCAUUCCUCCGACGGAAUUCGAAGUCGAUGGUGGUCUGGGGAAAGCAUAUCACACGUCUAAAUUUUCUUCCGAGAAGGACUUCUUUGGUCGGAAAGGCCUGUUUCUUACAUCUCUGGCAUCCCUCUCUCUAUUGACGAUCACAUCUAAGCAUCGUCAUCGUCCGACCACGAAUACUAUAAUGUUUCAUCAUUCGACCCCGGUUGCCCGUUUGAUUCCAGCACCAUCUCAGCACCAACUAAGAUGGAGCAGCCAUGGAACCAAAGUCUCGGUGAAUGAUAUUUUUGGCAACAUGCCUGUACGAGUCAAGAGCAGAGCACUCGCUCUGCGGAAACCCGACGAACUAGAUCGAGAAUGGGACAACCUCAAACAUGUUGUGGCCUCGAUUGUGCUUGCAAAUGAUCUGAUUGAGAAGCUGGUUCUCUCGCACCUUUCUCGAAGGAAGGUCAUAUUUCGGCCCUCCUACCGUGCUUCAUCGGGCCGAGAAUUCGAUGCUAGGCGUGUUACCUCAAUCCUCCAGCAGGCUGGACUCAUCGGCGCUCGGGAUCUCAGUCAUUGGAGGCCGGUCUCUGCCUCUCUUCCUGACUUGUCCGUGCAUGCCAUCAUUUCUCUCACGCCUAGUCCCACCAAAAAAGUCCAGUUCAUCUCUUUGGAGAACAGCCCUGUUUUUGCGGGUAACCAGGCCAGCAUCUUCUACAAUGAGAUCAAUCAGCUCUUUGCUUCCUCUGAUUUUGGGUUGAUGGCAAGCAAUACAGGCAUGGCAUCAGCACCCUCUACUAGUCGGAUGGAAGCUAUGGACGUCAAAGGGCCCAGGAAAAGCGUCGGCAAAUGGCCUAUGUUCUAUAUCCGUAUAGCAGCCAGAGGUGCCCAGACGUUGGAGGACGAUAACUGUGACAUCUCUCCCGAAUCUGAUGGCUCGUUUCAACGCAUCAUGGAUGUGCUUGUUGCAAUGAUUACUGAAUUUUUGAGACAACAUGGUCUGCGACCCCGAAGCGAAAGGCAGAAACGAAAAUUUUUUGAAGGAUACCAGGACUCGAGGUCUGAUCAAAAUUUUCGGAAGGAAACGAAUAAAACCAAAGUACCAGCAUUGUCUGGGAACAAGGAUCAGCCUGCUAGUGCUAGUACAGAGGAGACACUUGAUGCUCGAUUGAAACUUCCUUCUUUUCAGAAUAUGCGAAAGGUAAACGUCUCUCGAGACUUCGGGGGCUGGUCUAGGGUCAAGAGUGGGAACGGCACAACUGUUUCAAAACUGCCAAUCAACUUGGAGAAAGAGUCAGGCAUGCUACAAUUUUAUCCUGAUACCGACUUGCCCAGGGGUGCUCGCAUACACGGAGGCCCAUCUUUAACAGAAACGGUGCCUACUGAAUCUUCUAGCUUAGCGCGACAGAUUGAAGUCUCAGCAGGUUCUGUUCCUGAAGAAAAUGGCGAGCCAGUUGAUCGAUUAAUCUUUUGUGCUGAUUCUAACACUGGUGAGCCUGUUUCACUUGGUUCUCGCACAGAUAACUGCACCACUGCGGACUAUGGGGACAACAAACUACGAUCAGAAACAGGUCACAAAAUACGCAGGCUAGGUUCGGUACCCUCGCUAAAGCCGAGGAAUAAAGGCAGUUGGUUAGAAAAAUUCUUGGAACAGUGGCAGAAUCCCGUCUUUGGGCGUCCUGAAAGGGCUAUUGCCGCAGUUGAGUCUGGGAGAGGCGCAGGGCUUCCAACAGGAGACGUUUUUGGGUUCUCUCAGGAGAGUUUUACUUUGGAAACCGCCCGGCUUGGAAGUUACCAGGGCAGAAUAUCGAGAAACCAGCUUCAAACAGCGACUGUCAUUGCACAGGUGGACCAAAAGUUCAUCCUCACUAAGAUGCAGGUAACCAACGGGAAGAACUCGGGGUUCAUGCUAGCUCUGAUUGACCAGCACGCCGCGGAUGAGCGAUGCCGGAUUGAACAACUCUUCCGCGACUUGGUCUCGGACUCGUUGCAAGUGCAGACGAUCGCCGUCAAACCCAUCGCCUUCCAGGUUUCGCCGAGGGAGGCUACAUUGCUCCGCCGGGCCAGCGACUUCUUUACCCGCUGGGGUAUUGGCUAUGAUGUUGGGCUGCAAGAAGGCUCCCACCUUGUAUCUGUUCACACGCUUCCUGUUCUCAUUGCAGAACGGUGCAGACUCGAGUCCAGCCUUGUCCUUGAUCUCCUUCGCACCGAGAUCUGGGCGCGUGAAGAGAACGGAAGAGGGCCAUCGCCUAGGAGUCAGGCGGGCUCUACGGAUACGCCCUCAUGGCUUGAAUGGAUCUCACGCUGCCCGCGAGGGAUAACCGACCUACUGAUCUCGCGCGCAUGCCGCACGGCAAUCAUGUUCAACGACGAGUUGACGCUGGACGACUGCCAGCAACUCGUGGCUCGGUUGGCAACGUGUGUGUUUCCCUUCCAGUGCGCGCAUGGCCGGCCCACGAUGGUUCCUCUGGUGAACUUGGGCGGCGAUCGAGAGUCUGUAUGAACAAGUAGUUAGGUAAUUACUCUGUAUCUGUAUCUCUUUGUGCGAAAUGAAUUCUGCUCUCAAAUCCGGUUUUGGAAGUACACCGCAUGCAAGGGAUAUAGACUUUGGAACCAGUAGACAAGACAGGCGAAUUACAAGGAGACGAAAUGUAUCGAUCAAUCGAUUGACUCAUAGGUACUUGCUAUAUACAUUACAAUACAAACG